UCUUCGGUUUGGGGUGUGGUACGCGUUUUAAGUUUAACUUUACUUUACAAAGCGUUCCGGUUAGGUCGAAGCUUUCAUAACGCCUUCAGGCCAAAUCUUUACUGCUAGUGACAAGCGUGCAAUUGUGCAAAUUGAUUGAAAACAGUGUAUCCAAUAAUUUGAAAGAACAUCUUCCAGGUGACGUGUUCAAUAUUCGUGGUUCCUGCCUUCCUCGAUCGUUCGUGCUUGGCUUUUCCCGUACGAUCAUCCGUCCGUCCAUCUUGCCCCCAUUUCGCGUGUGCUUUGGGGUGUGUUACAGCAGGCCAUCCAUCAUUACUUAACGCGUACAGUCUCAAACAGUAUGCGAAAGCCAAGAAGCAAUAUGAUGCCCACCAACAACCUGUCGUCGAUGCUUGGGAUGGGCGUUGUGCUGUUGUUUGCGAUCGGAGGGCUAGUGGGUCCCGUUCGUGGCCAGCGCACGCCAACCAUCUCCUACAUCACGCAGGAGCAGAUCAAGGACAUUGGUGGCACGGUCGAGCUGGAAUGUUCGGUCCUGUACGCUAGCGACUACUCGGUUCACUGGGUGAAGACCAGCAGCGACCGAUCGGAUGUGGUCUUUCUCUCCACGGGCAGUUCGCUUGUGCUGAAGGAUUCGCGCUUCUCCCUGCGAUACGAUCUGUCCUCCACGUCCUACACGCUUCAGAUCAAGGACAUCCAGGAAACGGACGCCGGUAUCUACCAGUGUCAGGUGGUGCUGUCGGUGACGAACAAAAUCUCGGCCGAGGUCGAACUGAACGUCCGUCGACCACCGAUCAUCUCGGACAACUCUACCCAGUCGUUGGUUGUGUCCGAAGGUCAAGCUGCCCAGAUGGAGUGCUACGCUUCUGGAUAUCCGGUACCGCAGAUUACCUGGCGCCGCGAGAAUAACGCCAUCCUGCCGACAGGUGGUGCUACCUAUUCGGGCAACGUGCUGAACAUCCACGCGGUACAUAAGGGAGAUCGUGGCACGUACUACUGUGUAGCCGACAAUGGUGUCAGUCGGGGCGAUCGACGUAACGUCAAUCUGGAGGUAGAGUUUGCACCGGUAGUUACCGUGCCGAGACCGCGCGUGGAGCAAGCCCUCCAGUACGAUAUGGAUCUGGAGUGUCACAUCGAAGCGUACCCACCGCCGGCCAUCCGUUGGUUGAAGGAUAGUGUGCAGUUGUCCAGCAAUCAGCACUACCAGCUGUCUCAGUUUGCGACCGCGGACGAGUUUACCGAUUCGACGCUGCGUGUUAUUACCGCCGAGAAGCGUCAGUACGGCGAGUACAUCUGUCAGGCGACGAAUAAGCUGGGCGAGGCGGAGGGUCGCGUUGAGUUUACCGAGUCCGUUAUUCCCGUGUGUCCGCCGGCAUGCGGGCAGGCGCACUAUGGUGGAGGUUCCAGUGUGAUUUCCGUCUCGAGCGUGCUGAUGGCGGUGGCCACCAUACUGACGAUGGUGGCGAUUGCACAGUACGCGAAGCGUGCGUAAGGACACAGGCCACAUACACACACACACAUUCCGGAACGCCGAAGUUGAACCAAACCGAGACACAGUCGGAGACGGCCGUGACCGCGAACCUACAUCACAAUCAGGAAUAUGUCUUCGAUUGCAACAUUUGAUAGAUAGGACUCAGGACGAUCACUUUCGAGACUGAUCGGUUGGAACCAAAUCCAGACAAACUGUCAACUCCGUGGGUGUUACAUUAGCAGAGAAAACGGGCACAAUCAUUAAUAAGUACACAACAUACACAACACAAUACAGCAACAAACCAACCCGAAGCGCUGGAUAAAAGUGAGAACAAUAGAUAGGUGGCUUGGAGAAAAGUGAAUUUUAGGAUUUUUUACAAUGAACACCAACUGCUACCUAAAAUAGUGCCUAAUUGUAAUCAUUUUUGAACAAUCUUUGUAAUUCU